AUGCUGCGGUGCAGACGUACAAGCCGACGACUGGCGGCGCCGUGGCCGCUCGCCCGCGCCUUCUGCAGCGCCGCGCCGCCGCACGAUGGUCGCCUCGUCGCUUCGCAGAAGGUGGGCCACAAGCAGCUCGACUUCGUCGCCCUCAGUGACGCCAAGCAGCUGCAAUUGCAGUCGCCGCCGACGGUCUCGCCGAUAAAAGAUGUCCUUCGCCGCGCGCAGCACCUUCCGUACUACCUCGAAGACCUCUUCUUGCCGCGUGACUACCAGACGUCGACGACGCACGACUACUUGCCGUACGCCAAGUGGCAGUUUGUCGGCAGCGUCGCUGGCACGGCCUGCGGCGUGCUCUCGAUGCAGUCGCUCUUGUACGCGAUUGGGCUCCAAAGCGGCGCGAUCCCGAUGGCCGCGGCCUUGAACUGGGUCAUCAAGGACGGCCUCGGGCAGUUUGGCGGCGUCCUUUUCGCGAGUCUUGUCAACCACCGCUUCGACUCGGACCCCAAGCGCUGGCGCGUCGUUUCGGCGCUCGCCAUGGACGCAGCGACGCUCACAGAGAUCCUCACGCCGCUUUGCCCCGCGUACUUUCUGCCGAUGGCGGCCAUGGCCAACGUCGCCAAGAACAUUUCGUGGCUCUCGGCCAGUGCAACCCGUGCCGGCUUUCACUACUCGUUUGCCAAGACCGAGAACCUUGCCGACAUUACCGCCAAGGCCGGGUCGCAGUCGAUCGCGCACGGCGGUCGGAAUUGCGAUCUCGCCGAUCAUUGGCACGACCACGUCGCACGUGCCGGCGCGUUCUUCGUCCUCUCGUCCAUCAACCUCUGGUCGCUCUACAACAGCCUCCGCGUCGUCUCGCUUCGUACGCUCAAUCAGCAGCGGUUGAACCACAUCCUCGAUGCGUUCAUUGCGACCGCUGCGAUCCCGACGCCGGACACGGUGAGCGACCAAGAGCGGUUCGUCUCCAACUUGGUCUCGGGCAAAGCGUGCCAUCUGCAGCACUCGCAACUCGAAGUGGCGUCUCGCCUCGACGCCGUGUACACGCCGUCGACGGUCGUCUGGCCAAGCGAGAAGUACCUUUUGCACGCCGACGUCGAUGCGACGACGGCACAUGCGACGGUGCAUUUGCUCAUUGAAGCGUCGGCGACGUCGCAAGAUGUACUGGCCGCGCACCUCCACGCCCGGCUCUUCCAGACGUUGUACGAAGCCGCACCCGGCGCACCGACGGUCCCGAUGCUCCACGCCAGCUACGCUACCGCGUCGGCGCAGCGCCGCCUCUUCCUCCAAGCCAUGGACGCGAGCCCGUGGCACUGUGAAAACCUCUUGGUCGAAGAGACGCCGGCGCGAUAUACAUUGCACAACCAAUAA